GCUCAUGUACUGUGCAUUGGAUUGGGCAACAAACCAACAUGGCUGCGCGCAUCGUGGGGUGGGCGAGCAAAUCCGAGUGGAUUCAAAUCUACCAAGAACUUUACAGCAACGAUCCGGUACAGAUCCAACAUGCCCUAGACCGAGUUGUUGCUUGGAAGAGUCGCCUCGACACGAAAAUGCCGAUCGCGAUAGACUGCACCUCGUCUCUGACUGCGGUUUGGCUAAGGGAUAGCGGUGCACACGUGAGGGGGGAGGGGGGCAGUUCGGCACCGAACAGCCACGACUUGUUCCAGCUCCGGCUAGCGUACUCCAUGGCACUGGCAAGGUUCGUGAACCUUGUGACGGACGCGAGCCAAGACAAAUUCUACAUCCAGCCUGUUCAUGUCAUGGCCAAGGAGAUGGCGCUGCCCGAGUGGAUGGUGAGCCUGCGCCACGAGGCGACCCACCGCAGCCUGCCGUCUCUGCCCGUGCUCCGGUCGGGGGCGCGCUUUGCUCUCGCCUGGCUGAGAGAGAAGUACUGGGAACCGCAGCUGCAGCAAUGUGGGGAACUGCCAGGGGGAGCCGCUGAGAAGGGGCAGUUAGAUGUGGAAGAAGUGAGACAGGCAGUAGUUGGACUGCUGAUAUCAUUUGAACAGCAUCAGUUUGAGAUUUUAUCGGAAAGAAGUACCAAGAAGAAGAGGAGUCACCACACAACACUUCUACAAGAGGUCCUCUCAAACCUGGCCGCUCUCAUGGCUGGAAACAGGGAGACUGUCGUUGCAUGCCUGUGUCGCCGGGGAUUCCUGAUCCCCACACCUGAACAGACAACGGCUCUUGGCUUAACUAACUAUGAUGUCUUUCCUGAAAGCGAUGGAUCAGAGUUGCCACAAAUAGACAAAAAGUUCCAGGACUUUUGGAAGCCAAUUUUUGAGCUGUUACAUCAAUCAAACAGCAUCCCCCCGUUGUUAGAGAGACUUGUACAGCAGCUGGGUACUUAUGCAGAGGAAGAUUUGGAGUUUGCAGUGGGGUGGAUAGCAUUGAUCACAACAGCACAAAAUUCACAAGAUAAGAAGAGUCUGGAGAGACUUCUGCACAAGGUCAAAGUCGAGUUGCCAUGGAGACGGUUGAUCACCUGUUGCCUAGCAACGCCCAAUAAACACACCACACCUCUGGUCCACAUGUGA